UGUCGUUGAUGUGGGGGAGUGCGAAGUCUAAGGUGUUAUUUCCGAAUGUCAGCGCACAAUUUUGUCAUUCUUUUGGUUUAUUUGUUUUGAUAUCGGUGGUUAUGGAUUAAUUUAAUAAGUGCAAGUUAAAUAAAAUACAUCUGUAAGCGCAAUCAUGUUCGGUCGGUCUAGGAGCUGGGUGGGAGGACAAGGGAAAUCCAAAAGCAUCCACUCUCUGGACCACUUGAAGUAUAUGUACCAUGUAUUAACAAAAAACACCACAGUGACGGAUCACAACAGAAAUCUUCUUGUGGAAACCAUUCGCUCCAUCACCGAGAUCCUUAUUUGGGGGGAUCAAAAUGACAGCUCAGUGUUCGACUACUUCUUGGAGAAGAAUAUGUUCGCGUUUUUCCUGAACAUCCUACGACAGAAGUCCGGGCGCUAUGUCUGUGUUCAGCUCCUCCAGACUCUCAACAUCCUGUUUGAAAAUAUAAGUCAUGAAACAUCUCUUUACUACUUACUCUCCAACAACCACGUCAACUCCAUCAUUGUGCACAAGUUUGACUUCUCCGAUGAGGAAAUAAUGGCGUACUAUAUCUCUUUUUUGAAGACCCUGUCCCUGAAGCUUAAUAAUCACACUGUACAUUUCUUCUACAAUGAGCACACUAAUGACUUUGCCCUGUACACGGAGGCCAUUAAGUUUUUCAACCACCCCGAGAGCAUGGUCAGAAUUGCGGUCAGGACGAUCACUCUGAACGUGUACAAAGUGUCACUGGAUAACCAGCACAUGCUCCACUACAUCAGAGACAAAACCGCCGUCCCUUACUUCUCCAACCUGGUUUGGUUCAUUGGGAGCCACGUCAUCGAGCUGGACAAGUGUGUACAGACGGACGAAGAACACAGAAACAGAGGCAAGCUCAGCGACCUGGUCGCGGAGCACCUGGACCACCUGCACUAUCUCAACGACAUCCUGAUCAUCAACUGCGAGUUCCUGAACGACGUGCUGACCGACCACCUCCUCAACAGGCUCUUCCUGCCCCUCUAUGUCUACUCACUGGUCAGCCACGAGCAGGAUGAAGACCGAAGGAUAAGCCCUCAGGUGUCGCUGUACCUCCUGUCGCAGGUGUUCCUCAUCAUCCACUACCGGCCGCUGGUGGACUCCCUGGCUGAUGUCAUCCUGAACGGGGACUUGUCCGUCUUCGCCGUCCAGACGGAGCAGGAUACGCAGAAGAGCUUGUCUAACACCAGUGUGCGCCGGUUCACCAAGCCCCCGGAGAGUCUGGAGCGGUCCCUGGAGAUCAACCGCCAGCGUGGGCGCAAGAGGGCCCAGAAGCGGCCCAACUACAAGAACGUGGGCGAGGAGGAGGAGGAGGAGAAAGGGCCGGAGGAGGGGCCGGAAGACCCCGAGAAGGCUAAAGGUACAGAGCCUAGCUCAAAGGGCAGCAGGACGUGUGGGGACACGGAAGAAAUCGAGAUGGUGGUGAUGGAGAAGUCUAAGAUCUCGGAGCCCUCGUCUCUGACGGAACAGAACAUCACAGACGAGGAGAAGACGGCAGCCGCUGCGGCAGCGGGAGCAGAAGGACAGAGGAGCAGGCCUUUCCUGGACAUGGUGUACAAUGCGCUGGACUGCACGACGGACGAUUACUACGCACUCUUCGUCCUCUGCCUCCUUUACGCCAUGUCUUACAGCAAGGGCAUCAACCCCCAGCUUCUGGAGAAGCUGCAGCUGCCGGUGCAGGAUCAGGAGAGGAGCAGCUACAGCCAGGUCCUGGUGGAGAGGCUGAUCCGUGUGAUGAGCCAGGCUGCUCAGCCCGAUGGGAAGGUUCGCCUGGCGACGCUGGAGCUGAGCUGUCUGCUGCUGAAGCAGUCCGUUCUCUCCCCCAGCGGCUGCAUCAUCAAGGACGUCCACCUGGCCUGUCUGGAGGGUGCCAGGGAAGAGAGCUUGCACCUCCUCCGGCGAUUCUACAAGGGAGAGGAGAUCUUCCUGGACAUGUUUGAGGAUGAAUACAGGAGCAUGACGAGUAAGCCUCUGAACGUGGAGUACCUAAUGAUGGACGCCUCCAUAUUGCUGCCCCCUACUGGCACCCCCCUAACGGGAAUCGACUUCGUCAAACGGCUGCCCUGUGGAGAUGUGGAGAGAACACGGCGGGCCAUCCGGGUGUUCUUCAUGCUGCGCUCGCUGUCGCUGCAGCUGCAGGACGAGCCCGAGACUCAGCUGCCCCUGACCCGGCCGGAGGACCUCAUCAAGACCGACGACGUACUGGACCUGAAUAACAGCGACCUGAUCGCCUGCAUGGUGGUGACUAAGGACGGGAGCCAGGCCCAGCGCUUCCUGGCCGUGGAUGUCUACCAGAUGAGCCUGGUGGAGCCGGAGACCAAGCGGCUUGGCUGGGGCGUGGUCAAGUUCGCUGGCCUGCUCCAGGACAUGCAGGUGUCUGGUGUGGAGGACGACAGCCGGGCCCUGAGCAUCAUAAUCCACAAGCCGGCGUCCAACCCCCACGCCAAGCCCUUCCCCAUCCUGCAGGCCAACUUCAUCUUCGCGGACCACAUCCGCUGCAUCAUCGCCAAGCAGCGGCUCGCCAAGGGCCGCAUCCAGGCCCGCCGUAUGAAGAUGCAGAGGAUCGCCGCUCUGCUGGACCUGCCCGUCCAGCCGUCCUCGGAGGUGAUUGGCUUCGGCCAGGGCGCCGCCUCCUGUUCCCAGCAGCUGCCCUUCCGCUUCUACGACCAGGCCCGGCGCGGCCUCAGCGACACCAGUGCCCAGCGCUCCGUCUUCGCCUCCGUCGACAAAGUCCCAGGUUUCGCCGUGGCGCAGUGCGUGAGCCAGCACAGCCCCUCCCCCCUGUCCUCACCGUCACCGCCCUCCAGCGCCAGCGGGAGCGGCAGCACCGGCCGCUGCGACUCCGUCACCCCCAGCACCGCCUCGGCGCAGAGCCCCUCAGAUGAUGCGGCGUUCCUGGACCAGACCCCCGUUGAGACGGAGAACAGCCACCCGGUGGACACGGCCAAGCCCGCCCCUGAGGCCCCGCCCACGACUCCGCCCCUGGCCCUGGCCCCCAGCCUGACGCCGGCCCCCCAGCCCACCAUCUCCCUCCUCUCGGACGACACUGCUGACACGCUGAGCGUGGAGUCCCUGACCCUGCUGCCCCCCGCUGACCCCACCCGCCUGCGCAGCCUCAGUACCCAGUCCUCCCGGGAGGAGGAGCCUCACAGGCCAGAGGCAGCCGAGGACACGCCCAUGCCACUCCCCCUGACCCUGCCCCCGCCCCCACCAGCACUGGACAGCCAGCACCAAUCAGAGGACUAAGGCUCCACUAGGAGGGGCUUCACCCCAACACUGACACUCAAGCCCCUUCCCACAGCUGCAAGUAGACUUCCAUCCUGUAAAUACAGACGGCAGGAGUGGCAGAGGCUACAUAGAUUCUGUCUGCUUGAUUAGUGCUCUCUCUUUCCUUCCUUCCUUCCUUUGACGUGGUCAAAGCCUCCUCCUUUUCCCCGAUACGUUGCAGCAAAUAGGCCUUUGUUAAUCUUUGCAAGUAGAGGUGAAAGCACAGCGUAGUUCACGAGUGUAGUUUCCUUUCCAGCACGGUGCUUUUUUUCUAUGGGUGUGCGUGAGCGUGUGUGUUUCUAUACAUAAAUAGCACCAGUGGAGACUGAGCUCCACAAGGUUUUACCAGUCAUACACUAUGAAUGUACUAAUAUCUCUUUAUGCAGGUAUUAAGUGUUUCAUAUAACUUAAGUGAAGAUGAACGUCAUGGAUAUCUCUAAACAGCACCAAGGGUUGUUCUCUGAGAGAACAGGGAAAGUGCUUGGUUGGAUGUUCAUAGGUCACAUAUGGGUCAGGCUAUGUCCAACUGAACACUUUCCAGGGAUACAUUUUGUCAUACUUACCUUUUCUAAGAAACUACGAAUGAAAUUCAAAAUCCAUUUAGAAUUGCACAUGGAGCAUUAUUUGUAAUUGUAGUUAAGUGUAAAUGACUGAAUUUUCAGAGAACAGCCCUUAAAAGAGGUGGUGUGUCUGGUCAUUGGGGCCGUGUAAGUAUCUGUAAAAUAUUUUCCUCUGGUCUAGUUACAAGACAUAUGUAUGCAGUGACCAAGUUUUUUUUAGUUUAUUAUUAUUAUUACUUUGGUCUUACUCUGAUACAAAGUUCAACAUGUUUCACAUGAGAGCUCAUUAAGAAAGAACUGCCUUUUAGAAGAUUUAAAGUGGUGAAAUGACGAACUGAACGGGAAAAAAAAAACGUUUUAUUCUACUGGCUGCCCCACUGUUCGGUAGCCAUCCUAGCACUAGUUCUCUUCCUUGUGGCACUCCUUUGCCUCUGGUUUUGCUGGCUUUGGAUUUGAACACCAGUUUUUCCCUGCCGUUUUUUCUGGAUAUGAUUGUCCUCCCACAACACUUUUUAAGCAGCUGUUACUUCUUCAGAGAACACGAGUAGGCACCUUUUAAUUUGACGUAAAUCUUCAUGGAAAAAAAUUCUGUCACAAAACAACAGGCUUUAUGUGUACUUUAACGCACUUAGGUUCCACUGUCCACUGCUGUGCUCUCAUUAUGACACCACUGCUCUUGAUAGGGGAUUUAUUGUGAUAUCACUGCCAGUGAUACAGAAGUGGUGUAUAAGGAGCCUGCUCAAUCCCCCUGCUGUUCAUUGUGUCGUUAAUAUUUGACUCACAAAUUUCUGCAAGCGGUUUGUUCCUUUUACCACUAUUUUUGUUCACCUCGUAAAUAUCUGAACUCGUAACUUGAAGUGAAGUCCCAAAACCCCUUGCUGUAAUUUCCAUUCAAAGUACAAAGUAGGAAGUUAAGAAAGGUGCUAUAAUAGCAGUGACAAUACAAUGAGAAUUAGAUUUUUUGUGUUGUUUAUAUGUUAUUUUGAAACCUACAGUAUACAUAAAUAUAAGUUGACACUCAUUUGGAUCACUUAAAGCCACUUUUUAGGUAUUCUGAAAAGGUUUUGCUUGCACUGAACAUGCGGUGACCAAAGGUCAGGUUAAUACCAAGCUUUAUGUUUUUUUAUGUGAUAUACUACACUGCCCAGCGCUGCCUGCCUUCAACAGUAGUACUAUAAAAUUGAUGGUAUAUCACAGCCAAAAGGUUUAUUUUCCUUUCCUGAAAUGUAUCAGUAGUAUUUUGCAAGCACACGCUCAAAAUGACCAUGUUGGUUUUCUGCUCCCAUAAGGAGCAGUAGACCCUGACCGCCACUCCAAAGAGCACCCCCCCCCCCUUUUUAAAUUCUGUCCAAGGUGCGAAAACGGAACCUACUUCUUACCGCUAAAAAUGAAGUCACUCUGUGGCUUUAGGUUCCUAUACACAUUCUCUGGGGUGCGACUUCUCUGGAACUGACGCACUUUCUUGCCCACAGGCACUGCUGGUAGACUGUGAUUAUUCGGCGUAAAACGUGCACCUAAUAAGUUACUGAGCUUUUUUGGGAAUGAUGACUUACCUAGCUGUGCCCCAGUUGCAUUCUGGCUUCACCCAUAAACACCUGCCACUCACACAGUUCUGAAUCUGCUGGUGUGAUACGAGCAAAACAAAAGCAAUACUCUUUAACUUUCA